ACCACUUGGUGUACAAGAACGGAAGUUGAUGUAACCAUGGUGAUGAUGACGAGUCUGGCUUCUCUAGUCAAUGCAGCCUGUGUUUCUAAAAUAGCGUUUUAUUAAAUUAAACAAAAUGAACGGGGAUGAUAUGAUACUGGAAUGUCUUAACAAACAACAGGAAAGUCUGAACAUGAGCCAUCGGGGUCUAGUUGUUUUGCCACCUGGCGUUUCGAGGCUUGUUACGUUAAAAAAACUCUUUCUAAACAACAAUCGGCUCAUUUUACCACCAGACGAGAUUCUGGAUCUGGAAAAGCUCGAAGAACUGAUACUGGAUAGAAACCAGCUGACCAUGCUUCCUUGCAACAUUGGAUCACUAAAACACCUGACUUACCUGGGUGUAAACCACAACCCAUUAUCUGUGCUCCCAGAAGCAAUAGGCGAGCUGAGACAGCUGAGAGAGCUCUGGGCUGUAGGAUGCAGUCUUGUCUCGAUACCAUCAUCUAUUAAUAAACUUGGGAGGUUAGAGAAACUCGGGCUUCAUAACAACAACAUUACACACUUGCCGUCACAAAUUGGGGGUCUCAGCAGUUUGCAAUGGCUAAACUUGGCUGACAAUAAAGUUGAAGACCUCCCUGAAGAUGUUAAUCAUUUAGAGUCUCUGGUCUUCAUGAACCUGGACAAGAACUGUUUUGCACACAUCCCUUCAGCACUGACAGAUAUGGCAAAUCUGCAGAUCCUGUCUGUUAGAUUUAAUAACAUCAGAUCACUGGAAGACUACUUAAUCCUUGGUUUCAGCAGACUUAUAAAACUUGACCUCAGAGAAAAUCCUUUAACGGACAGACCACCUCAUUGGAAGGGAUUGGAUUUUAUAUUGCUGGGGAAUGUCUGAUCGUCCGAGGAACAUUCAUAUCAGAUGAGCUGUAACCGAAACGAGCAUCCAUUUGCAUUAAAUACGUUCUUCAAAGAAACAUGUAAAACAAAAACACUCCAAUUUACG